AUGACACAACGCAAAGGCGAGAAACCCACCAUCAGCAUCCAGGAGCAUAUGGCCAUUGAUGUUUGCCCUGGCCCCAUCCAGCCCAUCAAGCAGAUCUCCGACUACUUCCCCCGUUACCCACGGGGCCUCCCCCCUGCUGCGCCCCACCAGGUGGGCCACGCCGGGUCCCUGCGCUCUGCCCUUUCCACCUCCUCGGCCGCCGCCACUGCCGAAAGUGACCGCCCGAAUGAGGACAACCCAGACCGGGCUUGUGCCGGAGCCUCCGCCUCCUUACAGGCCACCAGGAGGGAUGAGGAGCCUGAUGUGGAGGGAUACGACUCAGAUGACUCAACCACAUUGGGGACCUUGGAAUUCAGUUUGCUGUAUGACCAGGAGAACAAUGCACUGCACUGCACCAUUAACAAAGCCAAGGGGCUUAAGCCGAUGGACCACAAUGGGCUGUCAGACCCCUAUGUCAAGCUGCACCUACUGCCCGGCGCCAGCAAGGCCAAUAAACUUAGAACCAAGACCCUGCACAACACUCUCAACCCUGUCUGGAGCGAGACCCUGACCUACUACGGCAUCACCGAUGAGGAUAUGGUCCGCAAAACACUCAGGAUUUCGGUGUGUGAUGAGGACAAAUUCCGCCACAACGAGUUCAUCGGGGAGACGCGGAUCCCCCUCAAGAAGCUGAAGCCCAACCAAAUCAAAAAUUUCAACAACUGCCUGGAGAAACAGUUACCGGUCAACAAGACAGAAGACAAAUCCCUGGAGGAACGAGGACGCAUCAUGAUUUCUCUGAAGUACAACACCCAGAAGUCUUGCCUGGUUGUGGGCAUCAUACGCUGUGCUCACCUCGCCGCCAUGGACGCCAACGGCUUCUCCGACCCCUACGUCAAAACGUACCUGAAGCCCGACGAGAAUAAAAAGUCGAAGCACAAGACUGCCGUGAAAAAGAAGACGCUCAAUCCCGAAUUCAACGAGGAGUUCUGCUAUGACAUAAAAUAUGCAGACCUCACCAAGAAGACCCUGGAGGUGACCGUGUGGGACUACGACAUCGGAAAGUCCAACGACUUCAUAGGUGGUGUAUCUCUGGGUAUCAAUGCAAAUGGAGAGAGGCUCAAACACUGGUUUGACUGCCUCAAAAACAAGGACAAGAAAAUUGAGCGCUGGCACACGUUGACCAAUGAAUUACCUGGUACUUUAAAUGACUGAAGACCCACAUCCUGUCGUCCAGUCCUGUUAGCCCCAGUUCCCCCCCCUGGCUGCACCAGAUAGGACUCCUGCCUUCAUCUCCCUGACUCCUCCAGCCAGAUCUUCUUCUCUGGAUGUUUUUCCUCACGUUGGCCACAGCGACCUGUGACACCUCUCUUUGGGAAUACAUUUCCUCUCAACAGGGCUCAAUUAAAAAUACCCAAAACCUUA